CAUAGGUUGGUGGGGUGAGGCCGGACGACAAGAGCCUCCGAGAAACCUCCCUGCGAUACAUCACUCAGUCUGCAAGUAAUUAGAAGUACAAUUCACUGCACAUCUCGACAAUCAAAUCAGCCGGAACGCAUCAACAAGCAUGUCUUCGUUUGCGGAAACGUACGACCAUAACGGCAAGCCCGUCACGCACCAUCGCUACCGGGUCAAUGGCAUUCGCAUGCACUUCAUUACUGCCGGCGAGGGCAAAGAAGCGCUGCUCCUCCUGCAUGGCACGCCCAAGAACUCCUUCUACUGGUACAAAAUCAUGCCAUAUCUAACCCCCUACUUCACCGUCGUCGCCCCCGAUCUGCGAGGCUUCGGGUAUACAGACAAACCCCCCACAACCGACGGCUACGACUCCGGCACAAACGCCGACGACAUGGCCGACCUAAUGACGCAACUCGGGCACGACAAGUUCCACCUGCACGGCGAAGACCGCGGCGCCGACUACGCCUACGCCCUGGCGGCCAAGUACCGCGAGCGCGUCAAGACGCUGAGCUACUGCGAAAUGCUGCUGUCCGGCUUCGGGCUGGAGGAGAGCAGCUUCUGGACCAAGGAGAACAUCUCCGCGCAGUUUCGGAAGCAGGGCGUGUGGUGCUGGCAUCUGGGCUUCUUCUUUAUUCCGCAUGUGCCGGAGAUGUUGAUUCAGGGGAAGGAGCGGGAGUUUUGGGAAAUGUUCAUCAAAUCCGAAUGCUACAACCCCACCUCCAUCGAGCCCGUCGCACUGGACCACUGGAUCGAAUGCGUCAAGCAACCCGGGUGCCUGCGCGGCAUCCUCGAAACGUACCGCGCCGGCCUGAAGAACGGCGACAUCCACCACGACCUGCUCAAGACGGGCGGCAAGCUGACGCUGCCCAUCAUGACCGUCGGCGCGCCCGAGUUUUUCGGCCCGACGGUCAAGGAGAACAUCCUCCAGGUCGCCGAGAAGGUGCAGGUGGACUACAUCUUUGAGGAGUGCGGGCAUAGUUUGGCGCUGGAGAAGCCGGAGAGGUUGGCUAAGUGCUUGCGAGAGUUUAUGUUGGGGGAGGCGAAAUAGACGGGGAGCUCGGGGGAAUCUUGUAAUACGUCCAGUUGUGUAGCCGUAAAUGUAGUCUUUGAGAAUCUCGCAGAAGCCUCCGCAGCCUUUUCAGGGACGCUUGCGCCGUGCAGGUCUGGCUUGAUCAGCUCCCUUUGGCCCAAGACAUUCCUCCAGCUAUGCAUGCAAACAACAGG